AUGGUGCUGCUGGGACCCUCGGUUGACUCGAUCAGGAAACUACUUGCGAGGUGCGAGGCUUACGCUGAGCGGCAUGGUCUUAGGUACAAUGCAGGAAAAAGUGAGGUGUUGGUAUUUAAGGCACGAAAGUAUAACCCGACCACUGUACCUAAGAUCGUGCUGGGAGGCAUACCUCUUAAGGUUGUAAAUGAAUUUAAAUAUCUAGGUCAUGUAAUUAAUAAUGAACUAAGAGACGAUUUAGACAUAGAAAGAGAAAGGAGGGCAAUGUCUAUAAGGGGCAACAUGCUUGCCCGCAGAUUCGCACGUUGUAAUACGCAAGUUAAGCUGACGCUAUUUAGAGCGUAUUGUCAGACGUUUUAUACGUGCGGGCUGUGGGCAAGUUUUACACAAAGGGCCUACAACACGUUGCGAGUCCAAUACAAUAACAUCCUUAGGAUGCUGUUAAGGCUGCCGAGGCACUGUAGCGCGUCAGGCAUGUUCGCCGAGGCGCGAACGGACGACUUUUAUGCCAUUAGACGGAAAAGAGUGGCGUCAUUACUACGACGUGUGCGCGGCAGCACUAACAGCAUGCUGAGGGCGUUAGACGAGCGCCUCGACUGCCCGCUCACUAAGUACUGGGCAGAACUAGUCAUAGGUAGGUCUAAGUAG